AUGGGCGACAGUCUAACUUCAACUGGAAAUGGCGGCUUCAAGCACGAGGCUAGUGCUGGGCCCAAAGGGAUCACGUUCUCGGGGGAAACGUUCACAGUGCCCGAGACGCAUGAUAUGGUCAAGACCUUGUUUGAUCCAACGGUGAAAAAAUCCAACUGGGAGUUGCUCAUUUUGGCGUGCUUGUUUGCCAACUUGGCCGUGUUUGCCAUUCCCAAUAACCAAGUGCGGAUCGGCAUCUUUGUAGCCUUGUACAUCUUUUGGAGAUUGAGUUACAAUUUCGGGAUUGGGUGGUUGUUGCAACUGCAAUCGAAAUACAACAAAUUGGUCUCGUGGAGUAAAGAAGGUCGGUUGUUUGACUCCCAGAAUAAGCUGUUCUGGGCGCAGUUUGUCCAGCAUGAAGUCAAGUCCCAGCGUGGGAAAGACUACGACAUCAAUUCGUUACCCGUUGAGUUCAACACGUGGUUGGUUUUUAGAAAAUUUGUUGACUUGAUCUUGAUGUCGGAUUUCAUUACUUUUUGCUGCGUCGUUUGCACUUGCGCUAUCGCCAAUGCCAAAGAUUUCACAAACCAUUGGUUGGUGUACUUGCGGAUCUCCGUUGGUGUGGGCUUGAUUUUGUUUAAUUUGUGGGUAAAAGUAAAUGCUCACAAUACCAUCAAAGAUUACGCGUGGUAUUGGGGGGAUUUCUUCUUUAGACAAAUCAACAACGAAGAAUUGAUCUUUGAUGGUGUUUUUGAAAUGGUGCCUCACCCAAUGUACUCCGUGGGGUAUGUUGGCUACUAUGGCUUUGCCUUGAUUGCUAAAUCGUACACGGUGUUGGCAAUUGCCGUGUUUGGCCAUUUCUUGCAAAUGAUCUUUUUGCACUAUAUCGAAAACCCCCACAUUGACAAGAUCUACGGCCCUUCCAAAAAUGAAAUCAACUUGAUCAAGAUUUUGAAAUUGAAGGAUUUGAAAAGCUUUGACAAUAUGCCGCCAUUGGUUGGAUUGUACAACUUCAACUUGAUGAGAGCAAGCGAUCUUUUGAAUUUGAUCCUUGUAGCUACUUAUGCUUUUAUUCUCCCCAUUUUCGCUCAAAGCUCAACCAAGUAUUUCCUCCUCACCGUGGCUGCGAAAUUGGUGGAAAGUUUUGGUAUCAGCACUUUGUUGGUGUUGCAGAGCUAUUCCAAAUACUUCACAAAAUGGUGUCUCUCCAACGACAUUCCAGUUGAAAAAUCAUUAAACAACUGGGCGGUCAUUUACAACACCUUGAUCAACUUGACUUAUUCGUCCCUUUUUGGAUUAAACUUGAUCUACUACUUGAAUGGGUCGGCUGAUUUACUCUACCGUGACUUGUUUUACUUGAGAAUAUUUGUUGGUGUUUUGCUCAUUUUAACCCAAACCUGGAUCAAUGCAUCAAUCAUUGACCUGAUUGGCUACUUUGGCUGGUUCUACGGUGAUUUUUUCCUCCCCAAGUCCCAAAGCUUUAUGGGUAACUUGACCAAAGCAGGCGUGUAUCGAUACUUGAACAAUCCUGAACAAAUCUUUGGUGUUUGUGGCGUCAUGGGUGUUUUCGUUAUUUGGCCCACUUUUGAAAAUUUAACCUGCUGCAUCUUAUGGGUUUUGAACAAUUUUAUUAGAAUCAACUUCAUUGAAAAAGUUCACAUGGUACGAGUUUAUGGCGAGCAGGAAGUCAAUCAAGACUCAGGUGUCACCAAGACUUUUAAGAAACAUUUGAUCCCCGAUGUGAUCCAAAAGAGAAUCAUUAAUAGUGAUGAACCUUUAAAGAGAAGAGCCAGCAGCCCUUCGCUUGCCGACUCGUUGGAUAAUUUCCUUAAGGACUUGAGAAACUCCAAGACCAAAUUGUCGCAGCAAAAGCUCAUUGAAUUGUCUCAAAAUUUGUCCUUUGCCAAUAGCAACUACAAGUUGACCAUCAAGGGUUUGCAACAAAACGAUGACAAGACAAUCAAGUAUCAAACUUUGGGCUCUCCACUUGAAGUCUUUUGGCAAUCGCCUGCAACCACGCAUUCACCUCGCGACUGGAUUGGAUUGUACAAGAUUGCUCAAACAACUUACUCGCGUAAUAGAACCUUGCUUUCCUCGUCGGGAAGAUGGAUCUUUUGUGCCGAGGCUAAUGGGUCCGCUACAUUUGCCAAGGAAAAGUUGUUCUGGGAAGAAGGUGUUUAUGAAUUUAGAUACCACUUGGAUGGCAAGCACGACGUUGCUUAUGUCUCGGAACCAUUUGAAAUCAGAUCCGAACACAUUGCUGUGCCCAAGUCCAGCGACGAUGCCGAUGCCGAAGUUGAACAGUUUGCUUUGUCCUUGAAAACAAAACUUUUUGACAAGCUAUUCAAUAUUGAAUCCAUCGACACCCCCAUUGCACCAAUUGCCACUACUCAAUCUGACUCUGUCCUCGGCGUCUACCAGACAUUGAGUUCAAUCAUUUCGGUCUCUACAAAGGUUCAAAUAAGCUCCAAGAUUUUCCUGAACUCGGACAAGAUCACCAUUACUGAUGUGGCAAGGAAAUUGAUCGACAUCAACAAUGUCCUCAAUGAAUUGUCCUAUGAUUUAACCACAAAAAAGAAUGAAUAA